UUCAGUGAGGUCACAUCUGGCUUUAAUGAUAAGUUCACAGCACCCCCUGAACAGUGCUUUAGACCUCACUGGGAGUAAUUAUCGUUUCGGCAGGUGUCUACUGCCUCCUCCAGCUCACACACAGAGGCACGCUGACAGUGCUGCCAGUGUGUCGUGGCAAGGAAGAAAGGGAAGGGACCCUAAAAGAGAUGAAAAAGUCCCUUGUGCACGCCUGGGAAGUACGCCUGAGGGAGUUUAGGUGUUAAAUUAGAGGAGACAUGUUGACCCCGUGCUCUCAAGUAGCCGAUCUGCGGAAGACGUCACAAGAAGAAUAACAACAAGAUCAAGAACAAGAUCAUCGUCAUUGUUGCCUUGUUUACCUUUGUCACAGUGCUCCUCCUCCUGCUGUCCGUGUGUAUGUGUGUCUGUGUGUGCGUGUGAGCCUGCCUGUGUGUGUGUGCGUGUGUCUUUUGAAGGCACCUCUCAGGCCGCUGCUGUCUCCUCUGCCUGGAAGGAAGGAGAACAAUUCGUGACAAACAAAUAAAGGAAGGAAGGAAGGAAGGAAGGAAAGAAGGAAGGAAGGAAGAAAGAAAGGAUAGUGUUGAGUCUCGCAGGUCACGCCAGCGUCUUGUAAACUGUAAAUUUGCUUGCUUCACCUGGCAAUUGUGAACCACCAAGCAAAAACCAAGCCAUCCUAUUGGUCAACAGGUGAUCACCAUCAGCCCUCCCAUUGGCCCAGAGCUUUGUGGAUUGUGAUUGGACGGCUGACUGGCUGACCUGACCUGACCUCAAUCGAGCCAACAUGAUUUACGUUUUCCUCGUUGACACUGGCACCAUGAUGACCUUUGACAUGAACCUGGCACUAGAGAGUGUUGAGGUGUUGAAGGGUGCAAUACACAAUGCUGUCAAGGUGCCCACAGACAAACAGGUGCUGCUGGUGGUGGUGGUGGUGGUGGUGGUGAAGGGGUGAGAAUGGUGGUUGACUUGCAGUGGUGAGGCAGGCAGAUGCAGCAAGCCAGCAGGCCUACAUGUGGCAGGCUCAGCACAAGACACAUCUGCCUGUGUCUGCCUGGUAGCCUCAUCUGUGUGGUUGGCAGCCUUCCUCCACAGCUCCCUGGCACAGGUGGAGGGGUGUCUCAACAUGCCAGCCACUUACAACACUGUGGUGGCGCGGACACAGUUAGCACAGCAGUUUUACGAGCACGCUAGUGAGGUCACCAGAACGUGUCGCCAACUUGUUCACGACCAGCAUCUGCAGCAACAAGGCUGAGCAGCAGUGGUGGCCAACUUGGAGGACAUUGUGGCAGCCUUCAGAACAAGACAUGACGCAUUCCAGCAAAAUUUUGUGGAGUAUCUCAGUGGCCGGGAGGAGAAGGUCGCCCUGCUUCAGUCUUUUGAAGAGGACCUUAAGCUACUGGCAAGGAUUCCAGUCUUCCCUGAACUCUUGGGGAAGACACAAGAGGAAGAGGAAGAGGAAGAAGCUGGGAAGAAGAGGAGGACAAGCACAGCACAGAAGAAAGAGGAGGAGGAAGAGAAGGAAGAGGAGGAGAAGGAGGAGGAGGAAGAGGAGGAAGAGCAGGAGGAGGAGAAAAGAGGAGGAGAAGGAGGAAAAAGAGAAAUGAGGCAAGUGUCGCUGCUGGACUGGAUCAGCGCCAAGGACAGCCAAAGUGACGUCAGACAGAUUGCCCAACUCUGCUGCAGGGGACUGGCCCAGAUCAGUGAGGGGCUGCUGGAACAAGUGGGGCAAGAGGUCAGCGCUGUGCUUCGAGAGGCAGACCGGCCACAGAUGAAGGAGGUGAAGGGGCUUGGUGAGCGCCUGUGUGGCCUGGAGCAGCUCAUGCAUGAUGCUGCCUACGUGGUGCAGGAGCAGAGCAAUUUCUCACAGGCUCUGUUGAAGAACCAGGACAGGGCAGGGAAGGUGAAUGACCCAUCUAUAUUCCCUGACCUCUGCACUUCACACCGCAAGAAUUUGAUGCACAUGUUGAAAAACCAUCAAAAGCUGCAAGACAUCAAAAGGAGAUGCAUCAAGGCAAAGGAAGAGCUGUCGGAGAAUUUGCACGUUAGAUUGAAGUGGAUAAUGUAUAUAGAGAGGCGCCUGUACGAGGCGGACACGCGCGUCUCCAUGCAUCAAGAGAGUGUUCGGUGCCUGGCUGGACUCCUGCAGGUGGUGGAGCAGAUUCACCGCGCCCCGAGGGUCUAUGCCGCAGCCGUCACGGAGGUGGCUCGCCGGCACGCCUUCUCCAGGGCCUUCCUGCAGGUGAACUAA